CUUCCUCCCGCGUCAGACCCUGCCAUCCCUUGCUUGCGUUCAGGUGUCAGCUCCCUUCGGCUCCAGGGACGGCUCCGAAAAGCAGCAGGCGCAGGGGCCGAAGGUCUGAGGGUCCAAGUGUCUCCGAGGAGCACUUGCAGCAAGAAGGCGAAGGCGGUGACAGCAAGGAUAGGCCCAGGAACAAUGACAUCCAAAGAAAAAAAGAUGAUGAAAAACCUGAGCAAGGAAAACGAAAACGCCAAUCCCGAAAAAGAAGAAGGGAAAGAAUCCCCUGCCCCGAAUGGAGAGGAAUCGCGUCCUUUGGGAGGGGCUGAAGUACAGAAGUCUGGAGGAAAGCUGGGGCGUGUUCGGCGAUUUGUUCCCAGUUUCCGUUGGGCGAUUCCUAGCAGGCAGAAUGAUCAGAAUGAAGUGGGAGAUGAUGUAGAUAAGUUUGCAGGGAAGAUGAUGGAAGUUAAGAGAAAGAGUAAGGAACAGCAGCUGAAGCAUUAUACUCGCUUCCAAACUCCUGAACCUGAUAAUCAUUAUGACUUUUGUCUUAUACCUUGAAUCCUAAGAUUUUUCCCGUCAUUAAUAAUGUGGCCUCAGCUCUAUAAGCUUGUAGUUUUGUGAUUUACUUUUUCUGUACCCUUUGGUCUUCCCACAUAACAGUUUCUAAAUGAAUACUGUUUUGGUCUCUGUAAAACUUUGUUUCCAGACAAUUUAACUUAGUUUUAGAAUAUGAAAUAUUCUUUUCAUAACAUGAAAUAAAGCUGUUUGAAAUGCAGUCUUCCA